AUCAGAACAAUAACAUUAAUUAAAUAUGCAUAAACUUCCUACUAUUGACUUCACCAACAAAAGAAACUUGAACCCUGGUUCAACCUCAUGGCUCACCACUUCCGUUGAAGCUACUCGAGCCCUCGAACAAUACGGAUGUUUCAUAGCAGAAUACGACCAAGUACCACUCGACCUCAACAACGCCGUCUUCCAAGCAUUACAAGACUUGUUUGAUCUCCCAAUCGAAACCAAAGUACAAAACAAGUCCACAAAGCCCUUGUACGGUUAUGUCGGCCAAAUCCCUUUCAUUCCACUCUACGAAAGCAUGGGGUUUGAUUACUCCAACACCCUUGAUGGCGUUCGUAGUUUCACAGAUGUCAUGUGGCCCCAUGGAAACGAAGCUUUUGGGGCAACACUACUAGCAUACAACGGGCUGGUAGCAAAGUUGGAAGAAAUGGUGACGAGAAUGGUGUUUGAAAGCUAUGGCGUGGAGAAGCACUUGGAUGCUCAUAGGAACAUGGUGACAUACCUUUGUAGGGGCAUGAAGUACAGAAGACCAGAGAAGAACGAAACCAAUAUGGGGUUCGUUGCUCAUACAGAUAAAGAUUUCAUUACUGUUCUGCAUCAAAAUCAAGUUGAUGGUUUAGAGGUCAAAGCCAGGGAUGGUGAGUGGUUCACAGUUGAGCUCUUGCCAACCUCAUACAUAGUCAUGUCGGGUGAUGCAGCCAUGGCUUGGAGCAACGAAAGAUUGUAUUCACCUUAUCAUCGAGUUACUAUGAAUGGAAAUGCAAGUAGAUAUUCGAUAGCCCAGUUUUCGUUUCUGGAAGGGAUCAUAGAAACACCAGAAGAAUUUGUGGACGAAGAGCACCCGUUACAAUUUAAGCCAUUUGAUCAUCUGAAAUACCUUGAUUUCUAUAACAAGGAGGAAAACCGAAAACUUGAAUGUGCCAUAAGAACCUACUGUGGAGUGUGAGACUUGCAGAUAUAUGUUUUAAUCCUACAUAAGUUUAUGGCUGUUGAUCGAGUGUUAUAGUGCUUCUUAAUUAAUAUGUAGGCUUGAAUAAUGUAAAGGGCAUUCGAGCCUGCUGCUUUGUGUCGAUGGAGG